CCGCCCUCGUCCCCCCUCCCUCCCAACUCACCGGGCACUGUCCCUUCGACCGGGUGUCGUGCCCAGGAGGCGAGAAAGGGCUGGGCUCCUGCGGGGCAGGUGGGCGCGGAUCUAGGGACACAGAACCUCACUCGCCAAGGAGAGUCUUCUGGAAGAGAAUACAAAACUGGAAGAAUUUUUUUAAUACCGAGACUUGCCUGUGAAUACAUCUGUGUGCACAGCCUUCAUGAGGUGCUCUUUCAGAUGGACCAAGCCCUUGGCCACAGAUCCCUGGUCACUUAUGUUCAUUUUCUUUUCUGUACAACAUGUGUAUGGGAGUGGAAAGAAAUAUAUUGGUCCUUGUGGAGGAAGAGACUGCUCUGUUUGCCACUGCCUUCCUGAAAAGGGGUCUCGGGGCCAACCAGGACCACCAGGGCCUCAGGGUCCAAUUGGGCCCCUGGGACACCCAGGACCCAUUGGGCUUCCAGGGGAAAAAGGAAUGAGAGGUGACAGUGGCCCUCCUGGAGCAGCGGGGGACAAAGGAGAUAAGGGUCCAACUGGUAUUCCUGGGUUUCCAGGCUUGGAUGGCAUACCUGGGCACCCAGGGCCUCCUGGAUCCAGAGGCAAACCGGGCAUUAAUGGCUACAAUGGUUCACGAGGUGAUCCGGGAUUCCCAGGAGAAAGAGGAGCUCCUGGCCCAGGAGGCCCCCCAGGCCUUCAUGGGGAAAAAGGAGAAAAAGGAAAUUCAGUGUUUCUUUUAGGUGCCAUUAAAGGUGUUCAGGGAGACAGAGGAGAUCCAGGACCGCCGGGCUUACCAGGCUCUAGGGGUGCAAGAGGACCAGCUGGCCCCAGAGGAUAUCCUGGAGAGCCAGGGUCAUUCGGACCUCCUGGCCAUCCUGGAAGUCCAGGUUUGAAGGGUAAUCCUGGCAUGGGAGUAAAAGGCCAAAUGGGAGACCCGGGUGAAGUUGGCCAGCAAGGUUCCCCUGGACCCACCCUGUUGGUGGAGCCCCCUGACUUCCGUCUCUAUAAAGGAGAAAAGGGUAUAAAAGGAAUUCCUGGAGUGACUGGACUGCCGGGACCACCAGGACCCAAGGGAGAACCUGGUAUUGGGGCAAAAGGAGAGAAAGGUAUACCUGGAUUCCCAGGACCUCGGGGUGACCCUGGUGCCUAUGGAUCCCCAGGCUUUCCAGGAUUAAAGGGAGAACCAGGACUGGUUGGAGCCCCUGGGCUGUUUGGUCAUCGUGGCCCAAAGGGGGACCCUGGGGACCGCGGGCACACUGGACCACCGGGUGCUUUGGUAACUCCACCUGUUCCACUCAAAGGCCCUCCAGGGGACCCUGGGUUUCCUGGCCGCUAUGGAGAAAUGGGGGCCAUGGGACCACCUGGCCCCCCAGGCUUCCCAGGCAGACCAGGCGAAGCCUGCGCAGGCAUGAUGGGACCUCCUGGGCCACAAGGGUUUCCUGGUCAUCCAGGACUUCCUGGAGCAGCUGGUAUUCCUGGGAGACCUGAUUUUGCUCCGGGAAAACCAGGGCAGCCAGGACCACCUGGCCUGCCUGGAGCACCAGGGAUGCAGGGACUACCAGGAUCAGAUGUGAUGUACUGCAAUAUCGGGCACCCUGGCCCACAAGGAAUAAAAGGCAAAGUGGGUCCUCCCGGAGGCAGAGGCUCAAAGGGAGCAAAAGGAAAGGAAGGCACCUGUGCCUGCAUGCCUGGCCCCAUGGGCCCCCCUGGCCCUCCAGGGCUUCCUGGGAGGCAAGGGAGUAAAGGAGACUCAGGACUCCCUGGCUGGUUUGGAGAGAAGGGUGACCCAGGCCCUCCUGGUGCUGAAGGAACUCCAGGGCCCCCGGGAAAACCUGGUGUCUCAGGACCACCUGGCAACAAAGGAGCAAAGGGUGACAUGGUUGUACCCAGAGUUAAAGGGCACAAAGGAGAAAGAGGUCUUGAUGGGCCCCCUGGAUUCCCAGGGCAGCAGGGAUCACUUGGCCGGGAUGGACGUGAUGGAGAAAGAGGGGAUCCAGGACCUCCCGGCGAUCAUAAAGAUGCAGCCCCAGGUGAUACAGGGUAUCCUGGACUAUCAGGCCGCCCAGGCAGGCCAGGACCUGCAGGUCCUCCAGGAUUGGGAUUUCCUGGUCCACCAGGAGGGAGAGGUCAGCCAGGAGUUCCAGGCCACCCAGGAGUGAGGGGCCCUGAAGGACUGAAGGGCCAGAAAGGUGACAUCAUUCUUUGUAACGUGACCUACCCUGGCAGGCCAGGCCCUCCGGGUUUUGAUGGGCCUCCAGGUCCAAAGGGAUUUCCAGGUCCCAGAGGUGCUCCUGGGCGGAGGUGUUUCGAUGGACCCAAAGGCCGCCCUGGAAAACCAGGACAAUCAGAAAUCCCAGGUUUCCCUGGUUUUCGUGGUCACACGGGAGAUCCAGGUUUUGAAGGUGAAAAGGGGUCCUCACCUGUUGGGCCCCCAGGCUCUCCUGGGUCACCCGGAGUGCCUGGUCAGAAAGGAAUGCCAGGAGACCCUGCAUUUGGUCAUCCAGGGCCCCCAGGAAAGAGGGGUCUUCCAGGAGUGCCAGGGAUGAAGGGUCCCAGAGGUGACCCAGGAUGCCCAGGGGCUGAAGGGACAACUGGCGUUCCUGGAUUCCCAGGUCUCAAAGGUCCCAAAGGCAGAGAGGGAAAUGCUGGGUUUCCAGGUAUCCCGGGUCCACCUGGCCACUCUUGUGAAAGAGGAACUCCAGGGAUCCCAGGACCACCAGGACUCCCUGGGGCUCCAGGCAGUCCAGGUACCCCAGGAUGGAAAGGGCAGCGAGGAGACAUGGGGCCUCCAGGGCCAGCUGGGAUGAAGGGCCUCCCUGGCUCCCCAGGACUGCCAGGUGCAAAUGGACCCCCAGGACCACCAGGAAUCCCAGGUCUCAUUGGGGAAGAUGGGCCUCCUGGUCUUCCAGGCCUGAAGGGACCCCAAGGGCUGCCUGGGUUCCCAGGUUUUCCUGGAGAGAGGGGAAAGCCUGGCUCAGAGGGACGACCUGGCAGGAAGGGAGAACCUGGAGAGAAGGGUAGGCGUGGUGCUCUGGGAGAGCUGGGCGUGAAAGGUGCUAAAGGAGCAAAGGGACUUCCUGGAGACGAAGGAGAAAUGGGCAUAAUUUUAAAAAGAGGGAGACCUGGAGAAGCUGGGCCUCCGGGAGAUGAUGGAUUCCCAGGAGAAAGAGGUGAUAAAGGAUCUCCCGGGAUGCAAGGGAGAAGAGGAGAGCCAGGGAGAUACGGACCACCUGGAAUUCACAAAGGGGAACCUGGAAGAAACGGACAGCCAGGACCUCCUGGACCCCCAGGCCUUCCGGGCUCCCCUGGGCUAAGAGGGGUCAUUGGUUUUCCAGGAUUUCCAGGUGACCAGGGUGAACCAGGUUCUCCAGGCCCCCCUGGGUUCUCAGGGACUGAUGGAGCAAGAGGACCUAAAGGAAACAAAGGUGAUCCUGCCAGUCAAUUUGGUCCACCUGGCGCAAAGGGUGAGCCAGGUAGCCCUGGAUGUCCAGGACAUUUGGGAGCGCCUGGAGAUCAGGGCUUGCCUGGUGUUCAAGGGCCCAGAGGACCACCUGGAAGGCCAGGACCACCUGGCUCCUACGGACCACCAGGGUGUCCAGGUGAUCAGGGGAUGCCUGGACUGAGUGGACAUCCAGGAGAAAUGGGGGACCCUGGGCAGAGAGGUCUCCCAGGGUAUCCAGGGAUACCAGGUCCUCCAGGAAUAAAAGGUCCCUCUGGGUCACCCGGCCUGAAUGGCUUACAUGGUUUGAAGGGUCAGAAAGGAUCCAAAGGUGCUUCAGGUUCACAAGAAAUGGGCCCACCAGGUCCAGUGGGAGCUCCUGGGCUAAAAGGGGAGAAAGGAGACCCUGGGAGCCCAGGAAUUUCUCCUCCAGGCCUUUCUGGAGACAAAGGUCUCCCAGGUCCCCCAGGGAGACCAGGACCACCUGGCCCUGUGGGGGCCAGAGGAAGAGCUCCAAAGGGUGACUUUCCUGACCAAGGUCCACCUGGAGAUCAGGGUCUCCCUGGUCCCACUGGCCCAAGAGGAGUACCAGGACCUCCAGGACCCCCUGGGACUAUUGACCUUCUGAGAGGGGACCCAGGUGACUGUGGUCUUCCAGGGCUACCUGGUGUCCCAGGCCCACCAGGCCCUCCAGGGCACAGAGGUUUUCCAGGAUGUGAUGGAAAAGACGGCCAGAAAGGACCAAUGGGAUUCCCAGGGCCCCCGGGGCCACCUGGACUUCCUGGGUCACCUGGAGAGAAGGGUUUUCCUGGACCUCCAGGUACAAAAGGGCCCCCCGGUCCUCCAGGUUCCAGAGGUGAUCCUGGGCCACCAGCAGAUGUGGAUGCCUGCCCCCGAAUCCCUGGGCUUCCCGGGGUGCCGGGCCCAAGAGGGCCAGAAGGAGCCAUGGGGCUCCCUGGAAUGAGAGGCCUCCCAGGAGCAGGCUGCAAAGGAGAGCCGGGGCAGGAUGGCAGAAGGGGCGAGGAUGGUGUCCCUGGGUCUCCUGGGCCUCCUGGGCACAAAGGUGACAUGGGAGAAGCUGGCUGUCCUGGAGCACCAGGCCCCCCUGGUCCCAUUGGGGAUCCUGGGCCCAAAGGGUUUGGCCCUGGAUACCUCAGUGGCUUCCUCCUAGUUCUCCACAGUCAGACAGAUCGAGAACCCACCUGCCCUGCGGGCAUGCCCAAGCUCUGGACUGGGUAUAGUCUGUUAUACCUGGAAGGACAAGAGAAGGCUCACAAUCAAGACCUCGGUCUGGCAGGGUCGUGCCUCCCUGUGUUCAGCACCCUGCCCUUUGCGUACUGCAAUGUCCACCAAGUGUGCCACUACGCCCAGAGGAACGACAGGUCCUACUGGCUGGCCAGCGCCGCGCCCCUCCCCAUGAGGCCGCUCUCCGAGGAGGAGAUCCGCCCGUACGUGAGCCGCUGCGCUGUGUGCGAGGCGCCCGCGCAGGCCGUGGCGGUACACAGCCAGGACCAGGCCGUGCCCCCGUGUCCGCGGACCUGGAGGAGCCUCUGGAUAGGGUACUCGUUCCUGAUGCACACAGGAGCUGGAGACCAAGGAGGAGGACAGGCCCUCAUGUCACCCGGCAGCUGCCUGGAAGACUUCAGAGCCGCACCAUUCCUUGAAUGCCAAGGCCGGCAGGGAACUUGCCACUUUUUUGCAAACAAGUACAGCUUCUGGCUGACCACAGUGAGACCAGACCUCCAGUUUUCCUCUGCCCCUUUACCAGACACCUUCAAAGAAAGCCAGGCCCAGCGCCAGAAAAUCAGCAGGUGCCAAGUCUGCAUGAAGUACAGUUAGAGAAGGCGCCACCUGCCAAGGCAUCCCCAGAGAAACUUCCUAGGGGCUGAGACUUCUAGGCCGUGCUAAGAGAUUCAAUGGUGCUCCUUUCGACUGUGCUUUCGGCAGUGCCUUCUGUGUCAACGCGGUUAUUCCCGCAGUCCCCGGAUCCCUUCUCCUGUUCCUUACAGGUUAAGCAAAUGCUACACUCACGGACUUGUUUACAGAUCUACCCAUCUAGAGAAAACUCAGAGACCCUUUUGUUAUUGAGGAGUAUGGAAGAGUGGCUUUAUUUUAUAAUAUGCUAAUUUACAGGAAGGCAAAUAGAUGACAAAGGCCAGAUUUCAAAUUACAUUCCUGAAAACCUCAUAUUACUGGUUCAUAGCACCUCAAACCAUUGAAGUCAAUUACUCUAUAAUACAGUGGGCUUCUGGGUGGAUUUUACAGGGAAAAAUAAAUAAAUAGCCUGACACAGGAAGCUAGGAAGAAGAGAUUUUCAACAUUUCAAAAUUACCUCUGUAAUCUAUUUUUCCAUGCACUUUAAAUAAUUGUAAAACCAUGACCCAAAGCAAUUUUAAAAAGGAAAAACAGAAAAGGAAAACCUGCACACAGCCUGCGUUAGUGGUUCAUUUCAAAGCACAAUGAAUCUUUACGCUAGAAAGGGCCACAGCCCGUUUCUCAGAGAGGCGACAUCAGCCUAAACACGUGGCAGAUGAAUAUAAAACAUUAUGUUCUCUUCUGCAUCUUGCAGAGAAUAGAAAUGCCUACUUUGGCAACCCUUUUGAAAAGUAGCAAUUAUGGAAAAAAAAUAUAUUCAAUAAGGGAUUAAGAGCCUAAAAGCUAUUAAUGAAUAUUAAGGUAGCGAUUCACAAAAAAAAUGGACUCCCCAUUGCAGUGAACUUCCAAACAGACUGCUUUUCCCCUGUGGGGGUCCAGCUUGUCUCCUGCCGCUGCUAAUGGGACUGAGGCUGCACGGGGCUUACUCAGGCUUCUCAUACAAAGCAUCUCCUCUCUUCCUGAGAGGGCCUGCAGAGCUUCCUCGCUGCUCACAAUGGCCACUUCUCCUCCAUAUACAUAAUGGCAGCUCACACUGGGACCUGACAGAGCUAUCAUUAUGCACUUGGGAGAAAAUUAAGGGCCGACUUAAUUAAACUUAGGUAAGAAGCUUCAUUUAAGUCAGGGUCACCCCACCAGGAAGAUGCGGGGCACUAUCUUUAAACAAAGUGAAGACAAUCUACAAUUUCGAUUUCAUGUGCCUGUGAUUGAUUUCUGCAAGAGCAUCCUAUUUUGCCAAUUAAAAAAAACAUGCUUCUAUUUUUAUAUCAUAUGGUACCAAGGCAGCAGCUUGACAUUUGGCAUUAGUAUUUUCUAUAUAAGUUUAUAAGGCAUGUCAACUUAUAAUGAGUAGCUUUAUGAAUGGCAAAAGAUUUGUUUUCUAUAGUGCUAGGAAUUCUGUGGCCUGAGCCUAAAAAUCAAAAGGUUUAUUAGAAAAGAUUUUUUAAGAAACUCGCUUUCCUCAACUUAAAAAUGUCAUUUUAGAGAAAACUAAAGAGAGUGACACUCAUUUUAAUGGUUAGUUUCAGUGCACUUAAAAAUAAUUGAGAGAAGAAAAUCUCAAUUAAAGUUUUGUUUAUAAGUAAUGUUUUUCUUGCCAAACUUUGAUUAGUAAUGAGCUCUUACAUGCAGAACACAUUUCAAAUGAAUCUUGCUACAGGCUGCCCACAGGAGGGCAAUUUAUUUUAAGAGUACUUUUUGGUGAAAAGGAAAAUGUACAUUUUAUGAUGAAAUAUUUCUCAUCAUAACAGAGUAUUUCCUAGUUCAUUUGACCCAUUUGAUUUUUUAAACUAUGUUACAGGAUGUUAAUUAUGCUUUGAUACCCGAAAUUUAUGCCAAUUUCAACCUUAUUUGUAAUUACACCUUUCUGUUUCCAAACACUUUAUUACCCAAAGUCAAGCCUCCUCAAAGUUCAUCAUGAAUUUGGCCUAAGGACAUUUUCUGGAAAGACAUAAGGGUGAUAAAUGAAACAUCAGAAGCAACAUCUUGCUUAUGAAAUGAUCAUAAAACACUAACUUUGGUAUUAGACUAUUAUCUCGGGUCUAACUGCAGUGGUGCAGCAGUAACUAACACCCUGCGAUGCCAUAUGGAAGACUGGGUUUUGGUUCCUAGGUGGUCCUGCAUGGGUACACAUGUGCACCGUGCCUAUGAUCCCGGCUACUGAACAUGCUGUUAGCCACUGUUGAGGAUACAUCUCUCUCUGUUUCAUGAAAUAAAUUUUAAUUAAAAAGGAAUAAGCUUUUAAUACACUUUAUAAAUAAGUUUAAAAAAUAAACUGCCUGAAUUAAGUGGACAAUUUAAUCCACAGUGAGUCUGAGGUACGAGACUUUAACAUACAGGGAUGCAGAGCCCUCUCCCAAAUGUGGCACAAAUGCAACCC